GGGACCCCAGCCCGCUCACGCCGGAAGUGGUUUGCGUUUUCAAGAUGGCGACUCCCUAUGUAACUGACGAGACCGGCGGCAAAUACAUCGCCUCAACACAACGACCUGACGGGACCUGGCGCAAGCAACGGAGGGUGAAAGAAGGCUAUGUGCCCCAGGAGGAAGUCCCAGUGUAUGAGAACAAGUAUGUGAAGUUUUUCAAGAGUAAGCCAGAACUGCCCCCAGGUCUGAGCCCUGAGGCCACUGCUCCUGUCACCCCGUCCAGGCCUGAAGGGGGCGAACCAGGCCUCUCCAAGACAGCCAAACGCAACCUGAAGCGGAAGGAGAAGCGGCGGCAGCAGCAGGAGAAGGGGGAGGCGGAGGCCUUGAGCCGGACUCUCGAUAAGGUGUCUUUGGGAGAGACUGCCCAGCUCCCCAGUGCUCCGCAGGGCUCCCGGGCAGCCCCUGCAGCUGCCUCUGAGCAGCCUGACUCAGCCGUCAGCACUGAGAAGGCCAAGAAGAUCAAGAGCCUAAAGAAGAAGCUUCGGCAGGUGGAAGAGCUGCAGCAGCGGAUCCAGGCUGGGGCAAUCAGCCAGCCCAGCAAAGAGCAGCUGGAGAAGCUAGCGAGGAGGAGGGCGCUACAGGAGGAGCUCGAGGACUUGGAGCUGGGCCUGUGAGGCCUUUGGGGAGGGGGGGAUGGACUGCAGAACAAACCAGGGGGCGCUCUGGGGUCCUGGGGAAUGUGGGCAGCCGCGGUCAGGAGGGCGUACCCUCGUACUGACUCACUUCCACCUCUCCUGGCCCAAUUCCGUCCUCCAGAGCCUCGCCUCGCCGUCAUUCCUUCCCUCUUCUUCCCAACUCCGAUUUUUUGGACUUUUCUCCCUCCCAUUCCCAGUGUUGAAAAUCUCAGUGACUACCCCAGGUACCUUUGCUGCUGAUUUGGGUGUCUUGUUGAAAAGAAGUUUGGGUGGGUGGGAAUCUUGCAGAACUGAGGUCGAGGGUAGAGGGAGUACACCCAAGUCUUGGAGUCUCGGUUCCUGUUCACAGUGUUUAUGGGUUAUUUCUCCCUCCAUCCCUCACCUUUUUUUUUUUUUUU